AAGAAGAAGAACCCACUGACUUAGAACACCACAUCUCUCUUCAUGGGACCGCUGUUUUAAUGUGCAAGAGCACAUAUAUGGGAUAGCCACCAGCUGAACGUUAAAUCCAUAUGAACUAGAGUGUGUCUGACACGGAGUCAUAAAUUUCCAAAAACUGACACAUACCUUGUCUAUCCCAAAUUUAUUCCUUUCUCUGCACCUUCCCACGCACUCCAUUAACUUCCUUCAACCCACUACUCGCCUUCCAUGGCUUCCGCAUCAUCCAUACAUCAGAGAAGGCUGCAAGAAUUCCUCAGGGAGCGGCAAGAACCUUUCAUCCUCCACAAUUACCUUUCCGAAAGAGGCUGCUCCAAAGCAUGGAACCUGCAAAGAUCAGCCAAUUCUUGCCUCAAUAUGAAUGCCAAGCUUCUGUUUUCCAGAGUUCUAACGUCUCUGUAUAAGAAGCUUGCUUUACAGCACAACGAAAGCAGCAGCGUUAUGGCUGAGAAGCCUGCCGUUAAAGAUGAGGAUCUUCUUGUCCAUGACAGUCCCACAAUUGGUGAGAUUGUCUUGGAAACAGAUAGCUUUUCAUCCUCCAGCAACUCAACCAUGUUCUACUCUUGCUCAGAGAUUGAUGAAGACGAGAUUUCUUCUUCUUCAGAUACCUUCCCAGCUUCUCAUGUAUGCCCAACUGCACAGGAAGAAAAUAUACAUAUGAAUUGGUUUGAUUCCUCUUGCAAAGCCAACAGGCUAUCAACAACGGAAGACACCGCCGGAGAUGCACAGGUCCUGCCUCACUCGGCACAGUUCCUUCACGCCGAGCUACAGCAUCUCAAAAUGGCAAGUCUCUGUCUCAUUUGCAAUUUUCAACUCAUCAGUUUUUUGGUUGAUUUCCAUGUCUUUUCUCUUAACGUGGCGGUUUGUUUGGCAGAGGUAGCAGUGAAUCAGGAUGUUAGGAAAAUGGAGAAGAAAGUACAUAGUUGCAGUGCCCCUCUGCCAAAGAAAAUGAAGGAAGAGUCAAUUUCAUCAGCUGCUAUCUGGGGAUUGCUGAUGCAGUCAGUUAAGAAAGAACGGAGUCCAAGGAAAUUAGGAGAGAAUCUGAGUCCUAAUGCUUCCCACGGAUUGAAAUCUAAAAGGAUAUUGCAGAAGACAAAGCAACUGCUCUUUUAUUGUGCGAGAGAAACACUUCCAAGGAAGGACAAGGGACAGCGAUGCUUCAACCAAUACUUGGGGCCUCAGCAACUGGGGAGGUUCUUUUGUAAGAGAACAAACAUAUGGGAUCAGCGAAGCAGACAUGGGAGGGGCCUGACCUGCUUCUUCUCUUUGGAUGACUUGAAUUCCGUCUACCAAUGGAGUGAUUUGGAGCCACGUGUGAAUGAUAUUGUCCUAGAAAUUGCUGAUGCCAUUUUGGAAUUCAUCAACAACGAGUUUGUAUCAGAAUUUAUUCAGUAUAAAUGCUCACAUUAGGUUAAUAAUCA